AUGUCAGUCCGGGGGACACAUGCCAAAGCAUUGUUGGAAGUGCUUCUUGGCCUAGAGUGGAAUCCAGAGUUGCAUAGCGACUGUUCCGGUCUGUUCGUUGGCUGGUGGGUGUGUAUUGGUAUCAAACCACAGUCAGUGACCGCAACGUUCGACUACACUACCACUAUCCCACCAGUCGUAGUGCCACCCAAGACUGGAGAGUACACGCCGACCACAUUCCCUGCCGUUAACUCCAGUUUCACUGCAUCGCCAACUCUUGAUGGCCAGGCAAAGGAUUGCGAAGCGUUUUACCAGGCACAAUCGGGGGAUACAUGCCGGGUAAUCACAAACCGCGGCUUUCCAUCUGAGAAGCAGUUUUUUGAAUGGAACCCCGCAUUAAAAGGCAACUGUGACGGCUUAUGGGCAGGCUACUGGUACUGCGUCGCCGUGAAAGGCGCCAGGCCCAUGCCGCCCAGAGUGACCUCGCUUCCUUCUCCUGUGCCAACAGGGCAGCCCAGCAACUGUAAUUCUUGGUACCAGACAACUAGCACAGAAACAUGUGAUGACAUUGUAUCGAUCUUUGUGGCGUUCUCAAAAGAAGAUUUCAUUAAAUGGAAUCCAAGUGUUGGGCCCAAAUGUGAUGGGAUACAGAAAGGCCUUUAUUACUGUGUGGGAGUCCCUGGGACACCGACGACACGCACGGGUCCUGUACCCACUGCAACUGCGCCGACUGAGACUCCAACCCAGAGUGGUAUUGCACCAACUUGCAACAAUUUUUGGCUGGUCUCAAGUUCUGACACGUGCGAGUCAAUUUCCAACCGCAACGGCAUCUCUGUGAAGCAAUUUUAUAUUUGGAAUCCAGCUGUCGGAACUUCCACAUGCGACCAUUUGGUACCCAAUACCUAUGUCUGCGUUGGAGUAGGAAAUGGAUCGACUAGCAUGUCUGUAACAAGCGGCCCAACAACGACGGCGAAAACAACAAGCACAACUGGAAUAUCAUCGGUCACAAGCUCCGACAAACCCAGCACCACUUCUGGAGGUGCCGUCGCUACACCAGCACCGGUACAGGCAGGUAUGGUAACCGGCUGUAGAAGGUUUUAUAAGGCCCAGUCAGGAGACAACUGCUGGGCAAUUGCGAACUCUGCCAAAAUUGACUUGAAUGAUUUCUAUAAGUGGAAUCCGAGCGUUGGCACUGACUGCAAGAAUUUGUGGCUAGAUUAUUGGUAUUGCAUCGGUAUUGCAGGACCGGUGACGACGAUAUCAACUGGAGCUCCUGUUCCAACGUAG